CCAUUUACGAAUUUAAAUCGUUUCUAUUUCGGAUAACAGAAAACUAAAAUGAUUUGGAUAACAGCUUUUAGUUUUCUAAUUGGCAGCAGUUUUGCCUUAAAUUUACCAAUUCAAAAAAGUAAUAACAUCUCAGUGAAAGAAAGUGAUGCAGCUCUUUCGGAUAUGUGCGAUGAUGUUGCUGCAAUUUUUGAAAAUGAAUACGUCAAAUACAUGAAGACUGGUAUUGAAACUGAAGAGUUCAAGAACAUAACUCGACAACUAGCUGAAUCUCACACAACCGAAAUAACUACCCUCGAAAUUGAAUACCUAUCAAAAACUGAUAAGAUUUUCUCAUGCACCGCUUGCCGUGCUGCUGUCAACACUGUUAUACGAAUGUUUCGUGGAGAAGGUGAAUAUGCUAGUCCUGAGUCAGAUGAGAAAGUAAAGGCAACAAUGGUUGACAUCUGCCAGCGUCUUAAAAUCUAUACCGUGGAAGUAUGUGAAGGAUUUAUAAAUUUAAAUUACCCAAUUGCCAAAUUUAUAGCUCAAAACACAACUGCCGAUUCUAGAUCAUUCUGUGGAACAUUUAUGCGGUCAACUUUUUGUAAAGUUCGUGAUGAAAGUUUCAAUUGGACACUGAAAAUAGACUCAAAUGGUCCCGCUGUUGAAGGACCAAAAUUGGAAAUUCCCCCAAAGGGAACUAAUGACUUGAAUAUUCUUCAAGUAACCGAUGUUCAUUAUGAUCCUUUGUAUGAGGUUGGAUCGUUAGCUGGCUGUGAUGAACCACAGUGUUGUCAGCGUUAUAAAAACACAACCGAAGGUACCCAGAAAGCUGCAGGUCACUGGGGUGAUUAUCGUAAUUGUGAUACUCCUUGGCAUACACUCGUUGAUUCGUUGAAUCAAAUCAAGAAAAAUCAUCCCAACAUCGAUUAUAUUUAUAACACAGGUGAUAUAGUUGAUCACACUGUCUGGAUGACGUCACGAGAGAAAAAUUCAGAUUCAUUGAAAAAGGUGAAUCAGCUGUUGAAGGAUACUUUUGGUGAUAUUCCUGUAUAUCCUUUGGUUGGCAACCAUGAAAGUCAUCCAUUAAAUGUUUUUGCCCCUCCAAGUAUUACUGAUAGUGAGAUGACAACUCAGUGGCUUUAUGAUCUUUUAGCUGAUUUAUGGUCAAUUUGGCUACCAGGUUCUACUAAAGAAACCAUUAAAAAAGGUGGUUACUAUACCUUAAGUCCAAAAUCUGGAUUCAGAAUUAUUGCCCUAAAUAAUAAUGACUGUGCUAAUUUAAAUUGGUGGAUUUUGUACGAUGGCAAUUACUUAACAGAGCAGAUGAAUUGGCUUCAUGAUGUCCUUUUGCAAGCUGAAAAGGAUAACGAACAUGUUCACAUUUUGGGACAUAUACCAACGGGAACUAAAGGUUAUUGGAAUGUUUGUUCACGUGAAUUUGGAAGAAUAGUUGAGCGUUUUCACAAAACCAUAAGUGCUAUUUUUACUGCACACACACAUCAAGAUGAAUUGAGUUUGUAUUAUUUCAAUGGAACAAUACCAAUAAAUGUUGGAUUUAAUGGUGGCAGUUUGACAACUUAUACAAAUAAGAAUCCAAAUUAUAAAAUAUAUCAAGUUGAACCGACUACUUAUCAAGUGGUGGAACAAGAAGCUUGGUAUUUUAAUCUCACUGAAGCCAAUUUAAAACCAGAUGAAAGUCCUAAAUGGAAACUUGAAUAUAAGAUGACUCAAGAAUUUAGUAUGAAAGAUCUUAGUCCAGCUUCUUUAGAUGAACUUUUGACGAAAUUCGCCGAAAGUCCUAAUUUAUUAAGAAAGUAUCGAAAAAUCUUUUUAGUACAAAGUGACAAUUUGGUAAAUAAGAAAUGUGAUCAUGAAUGUUUAAAGGAUAUUCUCUGUUCUAUGGCAAGAGGUGACAACACUCAAACAGAAAGAUGUGAAAUGCUGACAACUAAACUUCAGGAAGCACUCGAUAAAGAAAUUGAAGAAGGUCCGGGUGAAGGAGGUGGCGGUAGUGGUGGUGGGGGUGGAGGUGCUGCCUCACUGAUUAUUUUCAACAUAACAACCAUUUUGUCCAUUUACUUUGGAUUGAAGUUUUUAGUUUAGAUAAAAAUGAACAAUCUUAUUUCUGUGAAUAUAAAAAUAAGUUAAGAUAUGU